GUUGGCCACACUGUUCCUGAUGCAGGCCAGGAUGCCAUUGGCCUUCUUGGCCACCUGGGCACACUGCUGGCUCAUGUUCAGCUUCCUGUCAAUCAGAACCCCGAGGUCCCUUUCUGCCUGGAUGCUUUCCAGCCACUCUGUCCCCAGCUUAUAGUACUGCCUGCAGUUUUGUGGCCAAAAUGCAGGACCCAGCACUUGGCCUUGUUGAACCUCACACCAUUAGCCUGCAUAUAUGUUCAAGCAACUGGAAUUCAGAUACCAGGGUAAUUGAGCUGCCAUAGCCAUCUUCACAGUGUAUUCCUUAUGCCACAUAAACGCAUUUUUAGUUAAGCUUUACUAAAACAGGGGGGGAGAAAAAGCCUUUCAUUUGAUUUUGUUUACAUUGAACAGAAGUAAUAUAACACAGUGGGAAACCGGCCCACAGCCCAUUUAGCUAUAGCAGGUAAGACAAAAUAUAGAGCUUAACAUCUGCCCCUUUGUCAAUGACAAAAUUUUGACUGACUCUGAUAGCACACGGUCAGUGCCGCGGAUGGAAGCACAACUUUCACAGCCCAAAACAUUUGCAUAAAGAAGAGAGAGUCUCACAGCAUCAGGAAGAUCAAAUAAAUAAAAUGAGCAUAUCUCAGCCUGAAAGUAAAAAGCAUAUCCAAACGUUUAAUUCCUACUUCCCUCAAAAGAAAACCCACAAUCCAUCCACAAACCAACUUCCAUUUCCCCAAAACACAAACUAACGCUGAGAUCAAUUCCCUAACACUUUAAUAAUACACAAGCACACACAGGGUUUAGGACAGUGAUGAAAAAUGUGUCAUGCUUUUCAAGAUUAGUCCCCUUCCACUUUAAAAAAAUUUAUGUUUUCUGGCCUUUGUCCUCACUAUGGUCUCCUAGAGAGAAAAUGCCCUUCAGAGGCACGCUGACAGAGAUCACUGCACACCCAGGCCCAAAGAGACAUUGCGGAUUUCAGCUGCCAGCAUUGGUGGGACAGGCUCUGUUAGCCAGGCAGCAGCUGCAGGACACACUGGGCUCCCAAUGCUGGGGAAGCCCUCACAUCAGGCAUUUCAGCUCCUGCAACACAGUUCAGGGGGAGCAGCCGAUCCCACUGAGUACCUGACCCUCUCCACCAGGUGCUGUCUGAGUUGAAAGAUAACUGCUCACUUUUGGACAGUGCUCUUACACAGCAGGUUAUUUGCUGUCCCAGCAUCCUGACAGGUUUACAAAGUACGAAUAAGAUGGCUAAGUAGUAGUACAAGGCAACAUGAGCUGAAAAAAACUCAAAUCACCAAAACCCCAACCACAACACCAGCUCUCUCACCCUCCCUAACAAACAAAGAAUUUCUAUAGUUUGGCUAAAUAGGAACAAAAUUCCAUACAGUGCAUACUGGCAGACACGGACUCUUAAAUAGAGUAGCAGAUUUUUCUCUUAAAUGAGAGAAAACAAGUAUUCAGGGUAAGGAUGACCAACUGUAAAUGAAGGGGAACAAACCUAGAUUGACAGAAAUUACAAAAAAAAAUAAAUAAUAUAACUCCAUAGCUCCAGACAGUAUCAUCAGAUAGAUGCUGCCCAGCCACCAGCACUCUGCUAUGGCUUUUCAAGUGUUAUUACAAUUACAGGACUUUAAGGGAUAUUUGCAGGAGGCAACCCUGCUCUUGCAGCAACCUGAGCUCUGUCCCUUGCACUGUCUCUAAAGGUUUUGCUUUCAGCUACCCAUCUGCAGCAUGAGGAUUUGGGAUCAAUAACUCAGCAGUACCUCCUCCUGCUUCCAUGGUCACUGCUGCUCCUACACCAAGGUAGCAUCAGCAUGCACAUAUUUUGUAGUGGAGUCUUCCUGUUUCUGAUUUCCACAGGCCGUGAGUAUGUGCACCUUGUCUGCAAACACUGAUCUCCAGAACACUGUUUCUCAGCAGGACUAUGCCAACUUGUAUCUAUCCUUUGAAGAGACAGUGGUUUUAGUUUGGUGGGGAGAUGAGAUUGCACUUCAGAAGGUGCUUUGUUUUUGAAAAAAAACAAUAUAUUGAUAAUUAACAAAAAAAGUAAAGCCAAAAUUUCAAUAUCAUGACAAAUUUAUCAAAAAAGAACAAAAGAGAAUUGCUUAGUUACCCAAAUAAAAGUAAUGGACAGAAGACCACACCAUUCCUGCCUGAAGGACAUAGACACACCUACCACCUGGUUUUAGGCAAAAGUCGUCAUCUUCCUCCAUUUCAUCCAAUGAAUCUACACCUGACAACACUGGACAGUUUACAGUGGUAACACCUCACCCACUGAAAUUCUAGUUUUGCAUUAUUCAGUUAGCCCUACUACCCUCUCUCAGCACUGCAGUCAUUCAAGGAGGGAAGUUUCACCAGCACCUGUGGAAAGCAGCAAAGGAAAGGUAUCUAGGGCACUGUGGAUAUUCUAUUCCCUACCAAUAUUAGUGGCAAUACAGCCUAGACUUGCACUGCUAGCCUUGAACAUCUCAGCAAAUCAGAGUGAUGAAUUAUUUAGGACAAACACUUUGAGCUUGAAACUGAGAACAGUGGAGGUGCCUAUUUUCUGCAGUGGCUUCCUCAGAAAGUCUCUCCCUGCUCCCCUGCUAGGACAUUGGAAGUGAUACUAGGAACACUGCCUCAGUUAAAAAACAUUGUCAUUGUUUCACAAACCUUUACCAAACUUUAACCAAUUAGGUAGUACUAUUCCAUGUCGGCUAUUUUCUCCAGAUUAUUUGACAGUGCAACUGCUAAAUUAAACUAUUUCAAAGAACAAAACCAGUGCCAAGAGAGGGGAGGACAUUUUGUACAUGUCAAGAUCUGAUGAUCUCCAAAGGUCAACCUGACCCACGCUUCCAAGUGACAAGCCUGACAUCUGGUCAUGAGGCUUGGAAUCAAGGAUGAACCUCCUCCCCACAGCUUUCACAUUACAGCAUGCCCCAGUUGAAAUGGUAUUUAUGAGUGCCUUGUGAGAAGGAAAAGCAAGUGUCAUGUGUGCCCCAUAGGGUUGGUAGAAAUCUGCAACAAAUUUGCCAUCACAAACCCAGUCUCAGGUGGUACUGUUUCAGUUCUACACAAGAGCAGAUCUGCUCUACAAAGGUAGUGUGUCAAAUGGGCAUCCGACCACUGGCAGUAAAAACACGGAAUCCCAUUACUCUCAGUAAUCUUGCUGCUGGGUCCACUGAUGAUAUAGAAAGCCAGAGAGACAAUCAUUAUUUUAUAUUCUAAUUACCUGCAUGACAAAGGCCACUGCAUUUCCCCAAAUUCCCAUUUGGCCUCAGGUCUACAAAAUUAAAUCUUUCUUAAACAUUUUCAAGAGGUCAAGAAUCCAAAGUAGCACUUUGCAAAUCAGGUCAGUGAGUCUAAGAAGUGCACAUUUCAUUUUAUUUUUUUUUUUGCUAAAAUCCAUCUAACUAGAAUCCAAGGGUGCCAAACAGGGUGUUUACACUUUAAGAAGAUGUAACUUUUUGCUUCUCCUCAUUAUUCAUGCACAGUCCCAAAGCAAAUUUAUAGCGAGCUUCUAAAAUUAGCAUUAAUAAUCUUAGGGGCUGCAUUAAGACCCUAAUUAAGAUAGUAUAUGAAUUUUUCCUGCUUGCACCUAAGAUUAUAGAUUUAAGCUACACACUCACAAGACUCCUUAAGGAAUUUGUUUUCUUAACACCAGUUUGGGAAAGAUGGUCAUCAUUCUUGCUUCCAUGCAAGGUGUUGAGACAUCAAGUCAGAAGUAUUUCACUACCUUGGUGUGACUUGUUAAACCACAUUUAGGACCCGGCUUCUCAGUGGACAUCGUAGUUCACAGCGUAACUCCCCUGGACCUGGUUGCGGGUGAAACAUUCAUCAGCUCUGAAAGUGCUCUCCAAGAUGAGAAGCGAGGCAUUGCGGAAAGGAGGAGUCUUCUCACAAGGCUUUUCUGAGGUGAGCUUUUUAGCUUUACACAAGACUUUCUCAGCACAAGCAAGAGUGGGAGUUGGUUUCCAACAAACAAUGCAGCUGCUUCAGUACCAAGACCAGCCCUUCAUCCAACGUUGUUGCUCCCUAUCCACCGCUCAGCUGGCAACAUCGGUAACAAAACUGGAUAGAUUUAUCAACCAAUCACCUCUCUCUCCCACAGCCAUGGUUCACAUGCAGGGUAAAUCCCUCCUGCACACUGCAGACACAGGGAUCACAGCCAGCCUUGGAACUGCUUCUUCCACAGUCCUCUCGUCAGAAACAGCAAGCACCGGCCUACGGAUUGCCAUUGUUGGAGUGGGAGGAAUAGAGCCUGCUGCUACCAAAUAGGCCUGCAAUUUUCUGGGAGCCAUGAGCUAAAGGAAGAGUUGAUGAAAAAGAGUUCAAGCAAGAAAUAAGAGGUGAAGAUUCUAACCCCAAAUUUGUACCAUCAGUCCCGAACACAACUUUUGCUCAAACAGGUUAGCUUUGAGAAACCAUGUAAAAUGCACCAUAGUUGAAAAGGAUGUUACUAACAGCCUCUCUAUCUCUGCCCAUACAAGGCAGAAAAAGACACCUCCAACUUUUCAGUAAGAGUUAAACCCUGAUUUAACUUGCAACUCAGGUUAAAUAUUCAUCCCCUCAGAAGUUACCAUACACCAGUGAAAUGAGUUUGUGUUGCUUUUUUCUGCAUAAAGAGUUCAAAGACUCCUCACUGGGAAACAAUUGCCAUUUAACAACUAGUAUCCUAGAAAGCUGUAAACGAGUCCUGAUUUAACUGAACUGAAAACUCAUUAUUACCGAAAGAAAUCAUACACUGUAACAAUGACCAAAGCUUUCCUGGAAGAGCUCUCUCUCUGGAUUUGUCAUUAACAUCUAUAUCCUAACACUCCUAAAUAAUUCAGUACAGCAUUUAGCCCUGUGUCCUUGUCUCUCUACUCAGAAACCACUCUCACUCUUUACAGUAUAUUUCAGCAACAGGGAGGAAAAAUCUGUCUGGAUUGUGGUUCCUCCUUCUGCUGUGCAACUGAGGGGGGAACCUCAGUUACCCUUUCUCUCUCAGCAUAGAAGCACAGGUUUUAUUUAUUUUAUUUUUUUUGGAAAAAAGUGUUUAUUAGACAACUAAAUAUAGAGCAUUAUUUAUCCACACAGAGUCAUGACCAUGUGGGCUCAGAUUCACAUGCAAAUUCCCCUUUUAAUAAUCCUAAUGCAGGGAGUGCUCCAAUCAGAGCGCUAUCAGUCCCAGCUCCCAGAUACCUGAUGCCAGCUUUGCUGGUAAUGUAGGCCACCGAAGCAAAUCCAGAGAGAUUGAGCUGGAAGUGGAGAGAGGCUCUGAGAUCUAUUUGCUUGGCUUCCUGACGACGAGGGGGUGUGUAACUUCUUUUUGUCUUUUCCACUAUAAAGGGGAUAUCAUUUAAGAGGGAUCAUUAGCUGAGAGCAGCCCGGCUGGGUCGAGGCUGGGAGGCGGGGACGCAGUUGCAAGCAGUGGAGCAAGGUGGAGGCACGAAGACAGAAGACCAGGUUAAUGAAAGCAUGAGGUGGCUCUUGGGCAGCAGCUUGAAAAAAUUUGGACACGCUGACAGGGGAAACUAUGACUGGCUAAACAGUGAACCUGGUGGGCCACUUCUGGAAACAGAGCUUCAGAGCAGACAACAGACAAGUUCAACCAAAGACGACAUAGAACCAUUUCUGUGCAUCAUAUUGCCUGCCACCAUGAUGCUCUUCCUGGCAUUCCUGCUGCUCUUCCUGUACCGCCGUUGCCAGCGCCCCACUCAGCAGGGGCAGAUCUUCAGCAUCGACCUUCCUGAGGCCCUGCCUGAACAUGAUGUGUCCAAUUUCCUUUCUGCACUGCCCUGGAACAGUGAACAGAGUUUCCACUACUCCACACUGGUCCCUGAUGCCACAUUCCUCUCUGUGUGUUUACCUCCAUCGUAUGAGGAGGCCACCAUGAAGACUUCCAUGGAAGAGGCUCACAUUGAGCUCUCUCCAGACCCAGUGCCUCCUUAUGAAGAGAGCACACUGCAGACCAGCAGCGCCAAAUAAACUUUCUAUGGAAGCACCUUAGCUGAAGCAUGCAACCCCCUCGAGGCACAAGGGUAGAACUGCUAUGGCCUUUAAAAUCUGUGAAAAGAUUCCAAAUGAGGCACCAAACCAAUGAAUUUAUGCAGGAAGAAACUUGAAGUAACAGGGAAUGAGUCUCUUCACCUCGUCCUAGGACUCUCUACCUUCCAUUUGUGGCAAGUGUACACAUGGUAGAGCACCAAAUCUGACCCAGGCUGGCAGCAUGGGUAUUCCAGUUAACAAACAUGUCAUGAAAGGAUUAAACUUAAGGAAAGUUGAGAAGCUGUUCCUCUGCCAUCCAUCACCUACAAAGAAAUUUCAAUAACGUUAUAGAUUCACUUGUCACAAAAAGGGCUUUUAGCACAUGCCUAUUUCAGUUUGGAGGUUUUUUCUAUGUGUUUAUUUUCAAUCGAGUCUUUGACAAGCUUAGUCACUCCAUCUGUGUGUGUUAACAUCACAUCAUUCUGCAGUGCUCUGGAAUGAUCUCAACUCUCAGGAAAGCAAAUAAAUAUAUAAUAUAUACAAAAUUUCCAGCAACUGUCUCCAAAGGUUCUAAUGUGCACUGUGGAUACAGGCUGUCUUUUCUCACAGUUGAACAAUGAGAAUAAUCAGAGAAGAUCUGAUUGUUCUGGGUGUGGAAGACUCCAUACAAGAGCACAUUCACACUAUUGCUGCAAGCUUCCUGCCAAGGUCUGCAAGGUCCCAAUGUUCCAGACUACUUGCUUGACUUCUUUUCCAAUUUACAAGUCUAAAAUAAUAAACUGUGUGACUUGUUUGGUGCAGUGUGUAAAGAAGCUGGAGAAAAAUUAAUAAAUUCAAAUGCACCAAAAAAAUCUGGUCUGUAUUUCAAAACAGCAUUAUCAUCUCUUCCCCUUCAUCACUAAGGCAAAGUAAAGCUAAUUCUAGUGCGUUGGUGGCAGUGGCUCAGAGGGUUUGCACAUGCAUACUUAUAGACUAUCUUUAAUUUUUCUUAGAGGAUAGCAUUUUCACCAUGUUGAUAGAUGCUCUUGUUACAGAAGGUGGCUACUACAGAUCCUGACAGCCUCAAAGUUAUGUUGGCAAGCCACAGACAAAAGUAAUGUCAUGGAAUAGCUGACACCUGCAAGAAACUAUUGUAACAGCUGUGUGCAGUCUUGGUGUAACUAACAAAUCCAAAGGCUGCCCUGACCUGCACUCUAUGAUCUCAGCAACUGUCAGGAGGUGUCAGUAUCAGCCAGUCCUGCUUUAUGAACUUACCACAUUCCUUAAAAAAACCAACAAAACCAACAAUACAAUAAUGGAAGAAAAAAUCACUGCUGUACAGCAGAAGAAAGGCCGCUUUCAAGCUGCAAGGUACUUAAAGCUCAUGUUAUGUCAACAGUGACACAGUCACAGUAACCAAACAGUCCAGGUCAAAACUGAUGUUGCCACUCAUACAUUUCUCUUAUAACAAGAAAAAAUAUCUGCCUUUUAUAAUUCAGAAAUGGGAUUGUUUUCUUGAAUUACAAUUUGAGAUAAUUCCUUUUCUAAUGUUCCAUUUUGCUUAUCAGACUGCAGCAGCAGAUGUUUCGGAAAAAUUCAAAUUCAAUCAACCAUUUUUCUUUUCAGACCACAUCUGGGAACAGUUCCUGUAUUUGCUGGUGCAUUCGAAAGUACUAUAUUCUACUGUCUCCUUGCAUUUUCUUUACCUUCUUAAUAUUUGGUACACACAGUUGUUGCCAGCUACAAGAAAAGCUGGACAAAUAUAUGGGCCCCAAACAACAUAACUAAUUGGAAAGGUGCAAAGCUUUGAGGUUCAAAGAUAAAUCACUUCUGCCUCUGGUGUCUGUAUAUUCCACUGUCUUCAGCAAAGUUGUACAGAUACACUUGAAAACUAAGCUACUGUCAUAUCCAAUGGAGUAUAUUUUGCCUUAAAAGAUCUACUGUGUUCUGAAAUGAGCUGCACUGUUAUUCAGCACAGAUUCUUGUUUAUCCUUAACCUGGGUAGAGCCUGAUACUCAGCCCCUGGGCUCAUCAUUCUAAACGGCUCUCUAGUUACCUUAGUUACAAUUAAAAAAACUUUUUGAUUGCUUUCUUGUGACCAAGACUUAUAUACUUCUAAAAUAGCUGAGAAUUGCUAUUCUCUGGAAACAUAUAGAGAGUUUCACACAGUAUUUACUGGAUAACUCUCGAAUCCUGCUUUAGAUAAAUAGCUUCUGAUUGUUUGCAUUACUAUAGACAAUUAAAACCAGACACUUGCUCAAUUUCAAAUUAACAGAAACACUGCCAUGACUUAAAUUCCUCUUUCUAGUAGACUGCUUUUUAUUCCAUCUGGAAUUUGUAUCCCUUACCUCAUUCCAAAACAGAUUUGUCUAGUCUUGCAUGUUAAUUGUCCCUAGUGGGUUUCAACCUAAUCAGCACCUCUACUCUUAAAUCCCCACCACAAAGAGAAGGUCCACUAAAACAAAAAGAGAAUGUUUCUCCUGCAAACAUACUGAAAUUAAAUCUCCAUUGCCCAGAAGCUACCUCUGAUCAUAUUAGCCUGUGGUGACACACAUCUCAGUAACCACAGUGUUACUGGUGUUAGUGCUACUGCUUGUGGAGCAGCUGUCAUGUCCUUAGGGCAAGCACCUUCUGCAUCCAAGAGGAGAGCUCAUGACCUGAAAGGAACUCGUGACUGGUCAUACAACAACCAUAAGUGCAAGGGGAAGAUCUUUAAUUUUCUUAGCUCCAGUAAUCUCAAAGGUGAAGGUUUUAGACUGAGGAGAGACAUUAAGUUUCCGAUUACAUAAAAGGUAAUUGCAAACAAAGCAAAAUAAGCACCCCUCAUGCUUGCACCAAUCUGAACUGGUACUAGUGAUCUUAAAGUGAAACAAGUUUAAGUCAGAAAAGAAAUUUCUAAAAGUGAAGUGCAGUCUGAAAGUGCAGCAAAGCACUGGCAACACCAUCUCUGGCCACAUUAAGAAGUUAGACAAUGUCCAGAGUGAUGAAGGCUCCUAACUGGAGCAAGGAAUGGACUGGAUGUCUUCUCUGAGUCCUUUCUUGGUAUAGCUAAAGCUAUAUCAAAUUAAAUUUUGUUCAUAAUUUCCAAAUUCUGUAUGAAAUCAGAUGGCUGUUUCUUUGAAAAUUUGAUACUAGGAGAUUUCAUAUGCAUCCAGAAAUCACUGUAACACUGGCGUUGUAAUUUAUAACCACAAAGUUCUUUUUCUUUUUUUCUAAAAUCUCAUAUCUGCUACUACACAUAUAAAGUCUUAUAAGUUGUUAACUCACCUAAUGUGAAGGGCAAUAUUUCAGUUUUCUAUUAUAAGAAUAUUGAGAACCAUGAUGAGAUUAUUUAUGUUAAUAGAACCCCUUGUUUAUACUUAGUAGGAAACUAUGGAACAAUAUGGACUCCCUC